CUGUUUGUCAACAUGUUCAAUAUAAAUAAGAGUACAAUAAUCGUAGGCAUUAGAAAUCAAUUGAAAUUUAACAUUACGGUUUGCAAGACUUGGCAAAAUUAAAGUAAAAGUGAAACAUGAUUAACUUGUCCGUCAACACGCAGACCUUGCUUGCAGCACUGAGUAUAGGUCUCUUUGUAUAUUACGUUAUCAAACGAAUGCGAUAUCGUCUGCCGCCAGGACCUUGGUGCAUACCACUUAUCGGCCAUUAUAAAAUUUACUCUUCUGUUGAAAUGCACAAGAAAGUUGCGGAGCUGUCCAAAGUGUACGGUCCUGUUGUACGCCUGUUUUUUGGUACACAAACUUGGAUUUUCCUAAACAGUAAUGAAGUUGUAAUAGAGGCAUUGGUAAAAAAGAAGGCAGAUUUUGCUGGAAGACCAAAGUCAGCAUCAACUGACGCAAUAACUGCAGGAGGUAAAGACAUAGUGUUUAGUACUUAUUCGCCAACUUGGAAACUUCACAGGAAAAUAGCCGGCAAAGCUCUCAGGAAUUAUUUACAAGGGGAUCUUCUUGAAAAUAUGAUACAAGACAACAUGGAGAAAUUCCUAAAUAAAAUGGCACAGGAAAAAGAUCCAUUCAUAUUUAAAGAAUACGCAGAUAUUAUGGUCUUCCACCAACUGUACACUAUUUGUUUUGGACAGAAACUUCCUAUUGAUGACCCGGAAGUAAAAACACUUCUUAAACUAGAUGAAGACUUGAUUGCUGAUUUGGGUACUGGAUUCGUGGAGGAUUUAAUACCGUGUCUGAAGGACAUUUGUCCUACAGCAAAGUGGAAGAAUUUUCUGAAAGUGGCAGACCAAGUAACAAAAUUGAUAAGCACCAAAUACAGAAACCAUGUAGAUACAUAUAAACCAGGUGUCAAUAGGGAUUUUAUUGACAGUUUGUUGGCGGCAAAAGAAGAAGCAGAGAAUGAGGGAGACGAAUCCGCCCUGGAGAAGUUGGACGAUACACGUUUAAUUCAAACCAUAUCAGAUAUAUUUUUAGCUGGCGUGGAUACAACCAGAUUUACAAUGGACUGGUUUGUAUAUUUCAUGACCAGAUUCCCGGAAACACAAAUCAAAUGCCAGGAGGAAAUUGAAAGAGUCAUUGGAGCAAGACACCCAUCAAUGAGGGACCGUAACAAAUUGGACUACACGGAAGCUUGCUUGUUUGAAAGUAUGAGACUUGGAAGUGUUACAGGACUUGGUGUCCCACACAUGGCCAUUUGUGAUUCACAAGUCGGGGGAUAUGACAUUCCAAAAGGCACCACGAUCUUUAUUAACCACUGGGCUCUUCACAAUGACCCAAAGUUCUUUAAAGACCCAGAAAAAUUUGACCCAUAUCGUUACCUUGAUGAAAAUGGGAAAAAGAAACCUGCCAGACCCGAUAGUUGGCUUCCGUUUUCAGCUGGCAGCAGAGUUUGUUUGGGAGAAACGGUCGCCAAACCUGAAAUACUGUUGAUGUGUGCAAACCUGCUGCAGCGAUUUGAAGUCCGUCUUCCAGAUGGCGAGAAAGCAAAUCCUGAAUACAAGCAACUGGGACUUGGCACAGAACUUCCAUCUGAGUAUAAAGUCAUUGUCAAGGAUAGGAUCAUCAAUCAAUGAUAUGUGGGAUAUAUUAUCAUUUAUAAACAAUAUAUUAAGACGUUCAGAAAGAAUUUCCUGCUUUUGUAUCAGAAGGCAUGAUUUGAAAGAAAGGCGACUAAGAAACGCCUUGAUUACUCUCCAUGUAUCGAACAAUGGGUUCAGAAUUGAAUGUGGGUUUACUUCUAUGAUACCCCUGAAUCUCUGUGAAUGUUUUAAGGAAACAUACGUUGACGUUAUUUUUAAGUGCUUGUUUUGCAGCCGAGCUUUGGCCCUCUUCCUACAUUUUAUUCCUUUUUGAUAAAUUUUUGUGGAAAAAUAACUUAAAAAUUUGAUUUUAAUGAAAUAUAUCAAAUGCGCUUUUAAUGGAUUUCAUGUGCAAACAUGUCUGAAGUUGGAGGUUUUUUCCCGUUUUUUAACGGGAAAUAAGGGAUAAGAUACUCAAUAUAAUUUUUAAAAAUAGGGUUUAAAUCUCCAUUUUAAAUAAAUUACUAUGUACAUCGUAUACCUGAAGGGAUUGGAUUUUUAAACGUUAUUAUGUUCCCCCCAAAAGUUUGAGAACAUACUGUUUAUUUAGUUUCUUCUUUCUUUCCCAUAAUUUUUUUUAUUGUCUGCGAGUUUUCUCUGAAAAUUAUUCAUCCACAUGAGUAAAUGAGUAAUGAGUAAUGAGCAAUGAGUAAAAUUACAAUUUUUUAAUUAAGAUAUUUUUAACUAUAUUUUAUGAACUGCUUUCAAAGUUAAUAUAUAAACAAAUAUAUGGGUGUCUAGACAAGAUGAUAUGGUUCUAAUAGCAGGAAGGCUAAUGUACGUUCUCUUGACUCUGAUUGGUUGAUUCUAAAAUAUUUACAACUUCCUUGCUUCAUGACAAAAUAAUUUGACAUUUAAAAUACAUUUAAUUUAUAGGUAUAUACCAUGAUACACUACAAGAGAAUAUAUACGAAAAUUAAAAUAUGCAUAGGAGAAAUCUAAAGAACACAAGCAUGCCCAUGUGCUGAAAUAUAUGGUCUGGAACUUUCAUGAUAUUCAAAAUAUCUUUUGAACUUUUAUAAAGUAUCCUUGUAUUGUGAAUUUUUUGUGCUUUAUACAUUCCCUUUGUUCAUUAUAUAUUAUUUAUAACACUCAAUUGCUAAUCCUUUGCUAUUAAAAUAUUGAAAGGCUUUACAUUUUGAAUUCGGUAACUAUAUAAUUAGCUCAGAUUACAAAGUUAUUGUGUAGUAUCAUUGAUGGAUGUAUCCGAGUGUAUAAAUUAGAAGUUAUUGUAUACCAAUCAUCAAAGAAAAUGCGAAGGAAUUACAAGAUAGAUGGAGAGGGUGGAAUAAGAUUUUAAUUACCAUUUAGAAAAUUCUAAUCAUGUUCAUAUUUCGGUUAGGACAUGUCACCUGACAAAAUUGACUCUACCAGAUACCCAAGAACGACAAAUUUCCAGUGACUCUCAAAAGGAGCUCAUUACAGUGUAUGACAUGUUGUAAAUAUUUUGUUUUGCAAGGUUUAUGGGUUUACUGAGGAAAUUAAAAUUUAUGUUUAUUAGUAUUUUUUCAUUCCUUAUACUUGGAUUCAUUGACAGAUUUCAAUGAUUCACAGAGCCAUACAUUUGUGUUAUACAGUUUCAUUUCAUACAUGAAGGAUUUUCCUCUGCUAUUCACUAUUGACAACAACUUCAUGGCAUAUAGUAAUACCCAUGUGUAUCAAUGAUUUAUUUAAUCAGACUUUAAAAAGUAAUAUGAAAGCAUUCUCAAAUUCUAGAAGAAAAAAUAUACACCCUUUAUAUUAUUGUAAUAUUUACAUGUCGGUAAGAUUUCCACCAUAUAUGUUUAGACAUAUUAUCAUGUUGAUUUUGCAUUUUAUUUGGUGUUUUACUAUUUUAUUAUCUUGAUAUUUGAU